UUGCCCCCCACAGGGUCCAAGUCACUCCCAGUGUGCUCCCAGUCACCCCCAGGAUGGCUGCAGACUCUCCCAGUAGAUCCCAGUUGCCCUCAGCAUGCUCACAGUCAUACCCAGUUACUUCCACUUGCCUCAGGAUGCUUCCAGUUCCCAUCAGUACAAUCCCAGUCACUCCCAGUCACUCCCAGUCUCUGCCAGUUGCCUCCAGAAUGCACCCUGGCACUCCCAGUCACUCCCACUUUCUUCCAGGAUGAUCCCAGUUGUUCCCAGUUGCCUCCAGCACAGAUCCAGUCAAUCCAAUUGCCCCCCACAGGGUCCAAGUCACUCCCAGUGUGCUCCCAGUCACCCCCAGGAUGGCUGCAGACUCUCCCAGUAGAUCCCAGUUGCCCUCAGCAUGCUCACAGUCAUACCCAGUUACUUCCACUUGCCUCAGGAUGCUUCCAGUUCCCAUCAGUACAAUCCCAGUCACUCCCAGUCACUCCCAGUCUCUGCCAGUUGCCUCCAGAAUGCACCCUGGCACUCCCAGUCACUCCCACUUUCUUCCAGGAUGAUCCCAGUUGUUCCAAGUAUUUCCCCAGUUGGCUUCCAGCAGUUCCCCCCUGA